AUAAACAACAACAAAGAAGUCCAGUGCGCCUCCACCAUAGAUAAUAAUGAAACUGUAGCGGCUUGUAGCAGUAAAAAAACACUGUUUGUUUCUAGUUUUCAUCAUUUCAUCAGCUCUCAGAGCAGCAUGUCUUCUGCACAGUCUCCCAAAAAGACAGGACUGCCAAGAGAAGUGGUGAAAUGGCUGCAGAGCCUCGACUUGUCCUUUUAUCCGAAGAAUGUGUGCAGAGAUUUUUCCAAUGGUUACCUUGUGGCAGAGAUAUUGUCUCGCUAUUACCCCACAUACUUCCCAGUGCGUUCAUAUGACAAAGGAACAUCGCUUUCUGCCAAACAGACGAACUGGAGCCAAAUAGAGAGGUCUUUACAGAAGCAGCAUCUGCACUUGAUGAAAGAGGUCAUUGAUGGAAGCAUCCACUGUAAACCAGGAGCAGCUGAACUGUUGGUGCAGGAGGUUUAUACUAUGUUAACUAACCAGAGUAUCAGACAUGUUCAGGGCCCAGAGUCAGACUUUACUGACCAGGAGUACCAGGAGCUUCUGCCCACGCUGGCCCGCUCUACAGCCUCCAGGGCCAUCAAGAACAACCUGAGGAUGACAGAGAUCAUGGCCGAGCCCGACAUCAGCACAAUCCAGAAGAAGGCACGAGUCAUCCUCCACAGGCACCUGGAGCACAAGGCUGCAGAGAGGGUUCUCAACCCUGGACGUUUUGAAGUGAAGGCUAAUCUGGGUCGGCUGGCAGCCAAAAAUCCUGUGCCAUCCAGCAGCGAUGAGUGCUUUGCUUCAUCUGGAGACACUACAUCAAAGUUGUGCUACCCGUCGACAUGGAGCGGAGCUGCUGUUUCCUUUAAGGAGAUAAAGGUGCACCAGCCCGUCAGACGCUACCUGCUUAAUUAUUAAAGGAACCUGACGGAGAUCUGCGCUCUAUUAUUGUAUUGUCUGUGUGUCACUUGAUGUAGUGAGAUGUUAUUUUUUCACAAUUAUUCAAAGCAUAGUCUUUUUUAACUAUUAUGCCUCACAAGUAUUUACUGGAGUAUAAUUUGUUUUGGGAAAACAGAAGACGUCACUGUUGUUAUGGCUUAUGUAGUGUUCUAGUGCCCCACCAUCAUGUUUGAGCUACGUCAGUUUGUACCAGUAGGUGGCAGCAUUGAGUCGUGAGCAGAGCUCUCAAUGUUUUUUUCAGCCUAAAAUCCACUGCUGCAGGUGUACCAUUGACAAAAAGAGGAAAUAAAUCAGUGUAUACAGCAGAAAUU